GACGGCUACUAUAAAAGCUGGUCAUCUAGGGUUUUAAAGCCCUUCGUGAUUACAGAGUGAGAGAUUUCUAGGGUUUGACGACUCGCUCUUCCCAACUCGCAACAAUGAUCAUUCCAGAGAAGAACCGCAAGGAGAUCUCCAAAUACCUCUUCCAAGAGGGUGUUUGCUAUGCGAAGAAGGACUAUAACCUCGCGAAGCAUCCGGAUAUCGAUGUCCCGAAUCUCCAGGUUAUUAAGCUCAUGCAGAGCUUCAAAUCCAAGGAAUACGUUCGUGAGACUUUCGCUUGGAUGCACUACUACUGGUAUCUGACCAACGACGGGAUCGAGUUCCUACGGAACUACCUCAAUCUACCAUCGGAGAUCGUCCCUGCCACUUUGAAGAAGUCCGUCAAGCCUGCCGGCAGGCCCAUGGGCGGUGGCCCACCUGGGGAUCGUCCCCGGGGCCCACCUCGCUUUGAAGGUGAUCGUCCAAGGUUUGGUGGGGACCGCGAUGGUUAUCGUGGAGGCCCGAGGGGGCCUCCGGGUGAGUUUGGUGGUGAUAAGGGAGGAGCUCCACCUGAAUUCCAGCCUUCAUUUAGGGGUCCUGGAGGAAGGCCAGGCUUUGGGCGUGGAGGCGGUGGUUUUGGUGCAGGUCCAGGAAGCUCCAGUCUAUCUUAAGCGCAUGUGUUGGUCUGGAGUCCCCUAAUUUUGCACACUUGGGCUUUAGUUUCAGAUUUUGGCAAGCAGACACCAUGGAUUUUAUUGUUUUGAUGAUGGUUGAGAGGGUUUUAACUCCACUAGAUAUGAGUUCAUUUUGAGUCUUUUUUUUUAAAAAAAAUAUAAUGUGAUGGAUGAAGCUCCCACUAGA